AUGUCAAGUGACAACCCAGACGGUCAACCCUUGGAUAUCGAAUAUUAUGAAACCAAUUAUCCAUAUUUGAAUGUUAAGAAGAAUCUUCUGAACAACACUUUGUCAAAAUGGAGAAGGGCCAUAGCUCCUUAUAACCCAUUUGCCAUGCAAUAAAUCCCCAAUCAAAAGAGAAUGGGUAUGGGUAUUAGAAAUGGUAAUGGAUUUUACUUCCCCGAUCCAUAUCCUAACAGAGUUAAUUGGAUGAAUAACACUUUGGAAAUCAUGGAUGGUAAACCAGAAAAGAUGCACCAAUGUUUACAGCACUAGCAAUUAGAGCUUAAGCACUUCCCAAGAGGAUGCGUUAGAUAAAUUGAAGCCUUCAAAAGAUGUUAAAGUGUAAACGGAGUAACAAAAUGCCAAGAAGAGGCCGAUAACAUCAUUUCUAUUUGUCCCAAAUGGGCUUUGGAAGCAUUAAAGGAGAAGAAGAAGCAACUAGAUAAAAUUGAAGCCAUCCAAACACUCCAAUAUCGUACAGUGUUGGAGGUUUCUCCCUACAAUAAGGGCAGAACAGUGAAGGAUGUUUCAGAUAAGACCUGGGUUGACGGACACAGAGACAAUUUGAGACCAGACACUAUGUGGGCUGAUGAGAGAUAUACAAACAUCACUUAGAGUGAAAUCAACGAGGCCAAGAAGAGAGUGGCUGCUAGAGAUGCUGCCAGUGGAAGAGUCAAGGAGUAGGUGUACCAAGUGCAUCACCCAGAUAUGUCGAGUUCUCAUUUCAGAGAAGACAAACCUCUAUAUCCAUGAUUUAUUAAUAAAUAAUAAAUAAAAAUAUUAAAACAAAUCUUAAAGAA